UUUUGCACGUUCUCUUGGUAAACAUUGCACUAACUGGAAUAUAAUUCUGUCUUAACUUAAAAUCCACUCAUCCGUUCAAUCUCCUUCCACAGAAAGGAGGAGCAAACCAGACGAGAAAAAUCUAAGUUUAGCGCACAGCAGUAUUGAACCCUUUUAGACCCUUUCGGCUGCCAAAGUCGGUUGAGAACGAAGAUAUAAGAGAAAAAAUGCGGAACCAAUCUAUAACAUAUCCUAGUACACCCAAGAAGAACAUACCGACACAGGAAAAGCUGAACACCACCGGACCCAAGGCCAGCACCAUCAAUGACAGGAGCAGCCUUCAAAAAUCAAGUGACCAUGCGGCACUUAUGUUUAAUGUUUACGAACCCGGCCACCUUAACGACGAGAUUGAUAACCGGAAGAUAUGCAAGGACGGUGGGACAUUUUUAAAACUGCUUAUUCUGAUCACCUCAGCACAGUCCCACUUUAUGGCCAGAAUGUCCAUCAGACAGACCUGGAUGCACUAUGCAAGCCGGCGAGAUGUGGGCAUGGCCUUUGUCCUCGGCCGCACUACGAAUGCGACCCUGAACGAGUCUAUCAACCAGGAGAACUAUAUUUAUGGCGAUAUGAUUCGUGGAAACUUCAUAGACUCGUACUUCAAUCUGACCCUGAAGACGAUCUCGAUGCUUGAGUGGACAGAUACGCACUGUCCCUGGGUGAAGUACAUCCUUAAGACAGAUGACGAUAUGUUUAUCAAUGUUCCUCGACUGCUCGAUUUCAUAGAUGGGAAAAAGGACACUCGAACCAUCUACGGCCGCUUGGCCAAGAAGUGGAAGCCAAUACGCAGUAAUAAAUCGAAAAGUUUUGUGUCUCACCAACAAUAUAGGGGCGCCGUUUAUCCACCAUUUACCACCGGACCCGCCUACCUCCUCACCGGAGACAUUGUACAUGAGCUAUACAUGCACUCGCUCAGAACGUUUUAUUUUCACCUGGAGGAUGUCUUCAUCACGGGCUUUGUGGCCAAGCACUUGAUGAUUAGGAGGGUGCAUACCUUCUACUUUCGCAACCGCCGCAUCCCGUUCCACCCGUGCAACAUCCGCAACGCGAUCAGCGUACACAUGAUCAAGGAAAACGAGCAAUACGAUCUUUGGAGGAAGCUAAUGGACUCGACUAUCAAGUGUAAAUCAGUUAAAAAUUAUCAAUAUUUUAAAAAUAUAACUAUUCGUAUUUAGUCCAA